GCCCACUCAUCACACUGAGGUUUCUCUUCCGGGUUACGCUAAAAACGUCAUCGUUUACCCGCGUUCGUUGAACAACCCACUUUGUUUGGCGCGCUAGAGCAGAGGAGAGACUGCUGUCAUCGUCAAAUCGGAACCAUGCAGUUUUUAGGCAGAAAGAGACGAGCCAUCACCAACUCUCAAACCGAGCAGUACGGACACGUUCUGCACUUUUAUGGGCAGCCUCCUCUGGAAAAUAUCUCUCUCUCUGAAUUUGAAACAUUUGCUGUGGAAAGACUCAAAUUGCUGAAGACCGUUGAGAAUUUGGGAGUGAGCUAUGUAAAAGGGUCGGAUCAGUACAAACAUAAACUGGAGAAUGAAUUUAAAGCCCUGAACUUUCCGUACAGACCAGAGACUGAGGACAGAAAACCUCAGACUGGACCGAGUGAGGUCGAGAAACGAAGAAAGGACCACAUCUCCCACUUCAUCCUCAGACUCGCCUACUGCCAAACGGAGGACCUGAGACGUUGGUUUAUACAACAGGAAGUGGAUCUUUUCCGCUUCCGCUUCAAUGAUCUGGGUUCAAAGCUGAAGCUGGAAUUUCUCCACAAGAGUAAUCUUCAAUACGACACGAUUAGUGUCGAAGAGAAGAAGACUCUGGUGGAUAAACUUGUCAACUCCAGUUACGCCGUCAGUGGAAUCACAGUGGUGGAUCAGGACUUCUACAAAGUUCCCUUUCAAGAUGCCCUGGAUCUGGUGCGAACGAGGAAGGUGUACUUGAAAGGUGGUUACGCAUACAUCCCUCACCAGGACAUCGUCACUAUUGUCCUCAACGACUUCCGCACUCGACUCUCCAAAGCUCUGGCGCUGACAGCCCGCUCGUUACCAGCGGUGCAGUCUGAUGAACGACUCCAACCGCUCCUUAACCACCUCAGUCAUGCCUAUGUGGGGCAGGAUUACAGCAUCCAGAAGAAUGUUGGAAAAAUCUCCCUGGAACAAAUUGAUUCACUCUCAGGAAAGUCCUUCCCGCUCUGCAUGAGACAGCUCCAUCAGAGCCUCAGAGAGAACCAUCAUCUGCGCCACGGUGGUCGAAUGCAGUACGGCCUCUUCCUCAAAGGCAUCGGCCUCUCUCUGGAGCAAGCCCUGCAGUUCUGGAGGUCAGAGUUCAUAAGAGGCAAAGUGGACGCAGACAAGUUUGACAAACAAUAUGCCUACAGCGUCCGCCACAUGUUUGGCAAAGAAGGCAAGCGUACAGACUACACCCCCUACAGUUGCAUGAAGGUGAUUUUAUCAAACGCUCCAAGCCAAGGCGACCAUCAUGGAUGUCCAUUCCGUCACAGUGACCCCGAACUGUUGAAGCAGAAGCUUCAGGUCUACAAGGUGUCUCCCAGUGGAGUCGCUCAGAUCCUGGAGCUGGUAAAAGGAAUGCACUAUCAGCUGGCCUGCCAGAAGUACUUUGAGCUGACACACAAUAUUGAGGACAGCAAUUUCUCUCUCAACCACCCCAACCAAUACUUCAUCGAGAGCCAGAAAGCUUUGAACGGAGGCAGAGAAAUAAAGCGAGAAACGGAGACACCACAAAGGUCGCAGGACAAAUCUGCCGCCAAAGGAUCCGGUGCAGCCCAAGAGGUAACAGAAAAAGCCUCCCAGGGUUUGGCUGAGAUGACAGAGGACCUGGACGCUUUCUUUCAAGAUGCCUGAUUCAUUUUCUGCUUUUAUACCUGGAGAUAGUGUUUGUCUUUUUCAUGAGGGUUUAGGGUGCAAACUCUGACUAAUGUUGAGUCUUUAAAGUCACUGUAUCUGACAUGAUGUGUAAUAAACUUUCAUAUUUGUAAUAUUAA